UCAAUUCUUGCAUCUGUCAAAUUGUAUAUUCUAUAUUGUAAAUGAAUGCAAAAAAAAAGUUGAUUUUUUUGACAUCUCCAACAAAACAUUCUACUUUAGUGCAAUAAAUUGAAAUGAAGUAACGGACAUAAAUUAUUAAAAAUGUAAAUUAACAGCUCAAUACUCAUUGAUUAACUGGGAACGCAAUAAAAUAGUAAACAUUUCUUUAAAAUCAAUACAGAAAAAAAUAAUAAUAUACUUCAUCAUGGCAAAUCGUGAGACUUUUAUUAAUUCAAAAACUUCCGAAGAUCAUAGCGUUGAGACAUUGGCUGAGGUGUUUCGAUGUUUUAUUUGCAUGGAAAAACUUCGAGAUGCGCAUCUCUGUCCACAUUGCAGCAAAUUGUGCUGCUACACCUGCAUUCGUCGAUGGCUUACUGAACAACGUUCCCAAUGUCCUCAUUGUCGAGCGUCCCUUCAUCUUCAUGAACUUGUAAAUUGUCGAUGGGUUGAAGAAGUUACACAACAACUGGAUACACUACAAUCAGUUGGAAUUUCCAAUUCUCGACCAGAUGACUGCCUCAGAGACAAAUGUACCGUACAUCAAGAGAAACUAUCCGUCUUUUGUUGGACCUGUCGACGUUGUAUUUGCCAUCAAUGUGCUUUAUGGGGUGGCACUCAUUCUGGUCAUACAUUCAAACCUCUGGAAGAAGUUUACGAGGAUCAUGUCACGCAGAUAAAAACCGAAGUUGGACAAUUAAAACGAAGACUUAUGGAACUUAUAAGUCUCGUUCAAGAAGUGGAGCGAAAUGUGGAAUCCGUAAGAGCGGCAAAAGACGAGAGAGUUCGUGAAAUUCGAAAUGCCGUGGAACUGAUGAUAGCGAGAUUGGACUCACAAUUGAAAGCAAAAUUAUUAACUCUAAUGGCGCAGAAGAAUUCCCUGACUCUUGAGACUGAACAACUAGAGGCAUUAUUGCAGGAAGUUGAGCAUCAAUUGCACACGUGUACACGUUCCGAGCUCAUAAUCAAAAGUUCUGAUCUCUCUGCUAUGAUUAAUCAGGUCCGAAAGAAGCCAAUGACAAGUUUUGUUACCGCUCCAGUUCCCGCUGAUUUUCACAGUGAAAUAGUACCUGGUUAUGAUAGUGCAACUUUCGCGAUGCAAAAUUUCACUCAAUUGCAAUUGAAAGCGGAUCCAGUUUAUUCGGCGCCUUUACAUAUUAACGGUUUGUGUUGGAGACUCAAAGUUUAUCCCGAUGGCAAUGGAGUUGUGCGGGGAAAUUAUUUGUCCGUUUUCUUAGAAUUAAGCGCUGGACUGCCGGAAACUUCUAAGUACGAGUAUAGAGUUGAAAUGAUUCAUCAGGGUUCACAAGACACCAGUAAAAAUAUUGUACGUGAAUUUGCAUCUGACUUUGAAAUUGGCGAAUGCUGGGGCUACAAUCGUUUCUUUCGAUUGAAUUUGCUCGCGACUGAGGGUUAUUUAAAUACUGAAUUGGAUACUCUUAUUCUUAGGUUCCAAGUACGUCCACCGACAUUUUAUCAGCGUUGUAGAGAUCAACAGUGGUAUAUUAGUCAAUUGGUUACUCUUCAAAAUCAGUACGCUACACAAAUUAAUGAACUCAAGGAGCGACUGGCGAUUGAAAUUUCAAGAAAUACGGUAACCGCAACAAGAGCCUCGAUUGGAUCUGCACUUGGCAGUCCUUCCUCGGGAGGAAACGUGAUUUCCUUAACACAACAAACUGGUUCAGGAGAUUUGACUUUUGCUUCCGGUCUCAUGAGGAAUGUGGAUUUUUUAACACCCUCUAGAUCAAUGCAAAAUAUUUUAGGAAACGUAAAUCCUUCCGGUGUUCUUAUAGAAAAUCAAAUACUCUCGUUAUGCGAACCCAGUAAUCUUAAUAUUCAUCCAAUCGGCUCAGCGACGACAUUAUCUUCCGCUUCCUCAAAGACAAGUGCAAAACAAUCAAUUAAUUGUUCUGACGCCUCUCCAUCGGUUGCUGGAAAAAAUAACGAUAGAUCUGCUGGUGAUUCUCAAGCCGCUGGAAUGAGAACUCCCUCACCUUCGCAUUCACCCUCGAUUCAUAAUCAAAACAAUGCCUCUUCGAGUAGUAGCAGCAGUGAAUAUGAGGAAAUUAGCGAACACGAUAUUUAUUUAGAUGAAUGUGACAAUAAUGAGCCGAAUCUCACUCUUCUUGAUGAUAAUUCCAACGAUGAAAAUGACGUUGACGACGAAACAAUGUCAGGUGAAAAUGACGUUGAAGAUGUAGAAACUUUAAUUCCCUGGAUGCUCAAAAAGAAAGGAAAAUACCCAGGAAAUGUUAAAAUUUCUGGAGAAAAUUGCAGAUCACAGGACAAUGACAGUGAGAAGCAAAAAUUGAUGUUCAUGCAAUUAUUCAGAAUGCGGAAUAGAAAUUGUCCUUAUUUAAAUCGUGUUAUGGAGCAGGAGAAAUAUUUUUCGAAAAUUGUUAAAGUUGAAAACAAAUGGCAAAGUCAAGCGGAACUUGAUUCAACGCCAGGAAAACAGAAUCAAAUUUCUUUUGCGCCUCUUUGUAAUAUGAUGAGAUCGAGUCGUUUGGCCAAUAUUUGCCAAUCAGAGAACGCUGGAAUUCUUCUACCUUGUCAGCAGACUAAAUCCGAACCAGUCACAAGGUCCAAUUCGAUCGAUUGCGAUAAAGGUUUUCCAGAUUUACUUCUCAGGACGGAAUCGAGAAAAAGUGAUCGUGACGCUACAGAGUUGCUCGAUCUCACUGUUCCUAGCGUAAUUUUAACUGAUAAGGAAAGUCCCAUGCACUCGACUGCAAGACGUAUGUCUUCUCCGAUAACAGCGACAAAUUUAAGUUUAGAUCCUGAAAUUAGUGAAAUUUUCGAGUUUAAACAAUUACUGGAUACAAUACAAUUUUCGUCAUUGCCGCAAAAAGACACAAAACCCGGAGUCACCAAAAAAAAAAAAAAUUGCAUGCAAAAGAAGCCGAUUUUCUUGCCAAAUUUUGAGGAACAAUCUGCAUGUAGAUCUGAUAAUAUUGAAUGUAUUCCACAUUCGAGUAAUUUUAGUUGGGUACCACCUUUAUUUCAACACCCGCACGUUUCAGAAUCACCUCAAAGUUCUUCCAGUCACGCAUCUAAUAUUACAAGUCCCUCUAAAACACUUAAGGACUUGAACUCUCCAUGAUACUCCAAGUAUUUAUUAUAAGAUCUCAAAAAAAAUUCGCAUUUGUAAAUAUUUUAAGGAUCUAAGAUCUGUUUGUAAACCAAUUUCUAAAAUUUUUUAAAUAUUUAAUAUUUACUCUAUUUCUCUAAAU